GGUGCUGCGACGGCCUGGCGUGGUCCGGAGGCGGCGGAAGAAGCACGGGUGUUUCGUGUCUUGCCGUGAGGUGGUGGAUGCAUGCGUGUUACUCAGCGCUCCUGUUAAGGCCAGCUCUGUGGGGGUCACUUCAGGCUCGUGAUCUUCUAAACCACGGUAUUGCAGAGCUUCUUGACCUUUAACGUGUUUUUAUGCACCCUUACCUACGCCAGUUAGUACGGCACAAAGAGCUCUGUGAAGAUGUCUGGUUCAUUGCUUCAAACUAUCUGGACAUUCACUUUUUAACUGUUGAAGCUUUCCUACUAUUUGAUUUCUUCCUGAAGCCUUGAUUUAUUGAGGGAUCAAAACUGACUCCUAUGGAAUCAAGACCAACUAAAACAUGGAAAAGAUGUAUUCAAGAUGACCAAGCCAGAGGAUUUUUCACUUUAUAGAAGUCGUCUUUUUGCUUAAUAUGUAUUGACUAAGUCAAUUUUGGUUUCUUAUCUUGAAAUAAAGACACACCAGUGGCCUUCAUCAGAAAUGUUUUUAACGUUUUCAAGAAAAAGCAUGUCCCAGAAACUGAGUUUAUUUUUACUAGUUUUUGGAAUCAUUUGGGGUUUGAUGUUGCUACGCUACACUUUUCAGUAUCCAAGACGCCAAAGCAGCGCUGAGUUGCGUGAACAGAUAUUAGACCUAAGUAAAAGAUAUGUUAAAGCACUUGCGGAAGAAAAUAAAAAUUUAAUGAAUGGUGGCAGUGGAGCUUCUAUGGCAGGAUAUGCUGAUCUUAAGAGAACAAUCGCUGUUCUUCUGGAUGACAUCUUACAACGCCUGGUGAAAUUGGAAAGCAAAGUUGAUUACAUUGUUGUGAAUGGCUCAGCAGCAAAUACCACAAAUGGAACUAGCAAUCAAGUGCCCCUGGCUUCGAGUAAACGUGUCAAUGCAGCAAGCAACAUUAGAUAGCAAACAGGGCCGCUUUGUGCUGCUUCAGCUCUGAUAGGUCCUAUUUAAGACAAGCUUUUUAUCUCUGGCUAGGGCAAAGCAAUAGUUGACUCUAAAAGAUAUGUACACUGUUCUAUUAUAGAAUGUGCUGGAUAUAGGUAGACCUAACUUAUGUGCAUAAGGUUCUCAAAGCAUUACUUCAUUGCCUUUGAGCAGUUCUUCUAAAGUGUUCUUUGUUGUCCAUAAAGAUAUUUUGAUAUCAUGAUUCGAUGUAGUAUGCCAUGGGAUGCUAACAAUAAAUGAUAAGCAUUAGGAAAUGUAUAGGCAGGUUUCUAAAUAUAUUUAUUUAACUAUAAAUACAACAUAUCUUUUGUAUAGGUGGGCAGUAUUGUAGCUUAUUCAUUUUUUGUGAUCUGCUUUAAACAGAGGUAACUAAGGAAAAUGUAUUGAUAAACUGAUGUUAGAAAAUGUGUAUACUUGCAGUUUUUUGUUACUCAUUUAUUUACUAAAAUGGUGUUAAGUUGAGGAUAACAUUGGGGGUAAUAUUUUAAAUUGUGACCCAAAGAAUGUCUUUAUUUGCACUAUCUGUCAGAACAGCUAGAGAGAAUUUACUGUAUAUUUAAGAAAAUCAGUUAUAGUAGGAAAAGUCUUAGGUAGUAACACUGUCCAGGUAUAUCCUUGGGCCAGAACUAGGGCAGUUAGAUUAUCAAAAGCAAAACAUAAUCUGUGAUCUACCUUAAAAGAUUAUUUCUUACAAAAAUAUUUAAGUGUAUGUAUUUUGUAAUUGCCAAUAAGAAUUAUUUAAGUGAUAGAAAUCAGUUUUGGAUAUGUGAAUACUGUUUAUUUUUCUUCAUUGCUGUUUCUUUUAGUACCUUGAAAUUUGUGAUGAAUAUAGCACACCAUCUCCCUGAACUGCUUUUUUGAUCAAGGCGGGGAGCAAUGAAUUAAAAUGAAGGAAACAAGAUAUAUCUGGAUUUAACGGAGAUACAUGUACUAAAGGUGUCUUAUCAUGGAAUAUUUGAGAGCUGAGAUAAUGUUUGCCUUAUAUCUAAGUUAGCCUUACAGCAAAAAGAAUUGCAGAGAGUAUGCACUGUAUUUCAAAGUGUUACUCAAGUCAUAUGAAAGUGCCACUGAGGUGUUUGUUUGUUGGUUUUUAAUGUAAUGAAUGAUUUGAGGGAAGGGAGGGUGUGUUCUGGCACUUUUGCCAAAAAUGUGCUGGUUACUAGAUCUUUUCCUGUGGGUUGUAUUUGGAAUGUUCUAACCUGUACUAAGAAAAAAGAUCAACAGUAAAAUUAGAGGUGCUGGAUGAUAUACCAUCCAAAGUUUUGUGGGUUUCUUUUUCUUUGCUUAUAUUCUGGUAUAAAGGCAAAUACACUUACAGCCUUAGUUAAUAUCCAGCUGAUUUUUCUUCUGUCAUACUGUGUGUAAACAUGUAUUUCUUUGCAGAAAGAGAAAAAUAAAUUUUUAAUUGGA